UUUGCGCGUAUGGACGUCGUCGGCCAAUUCAACCUCGGCUUCAUCCUCGCCAAACUUGGCAAAGAUCUGUUCAUUGUAGACCAGCAUGCAGCAGAUGAGAAGUACAAUUUUGAGAGGCUUCAGCAGAUCACACUUCUGAAUCGACAGCCGCUGCUGCGCCCUCAGCCCCUCCACCUAACCCCAGCGGAGGCUAUCCUGCUGAAGGACAAAAUUGACAUCUUCCACACAAAUGGCUUCGACUUCAAGGAGGACGACCAAGGACAACUUCACUUGACGGCUGUCCCCUUCAGCAAGGACACUGUCUUUGGCAUCCAAGAUGUUCAAGAGCUGCUGCAUCUUAUGAUCAGUGGGAACUCUGCAGCAUUUCAGAUGGUGCGCGCAAUGCUGGCCAUGCGAGCGUGCCGGUCGUCUGUGAUGAUUGGCAAAGCACUCACAGCGUCGCAGAUGCAGACAAUACUGUCAAGGUUGUCGGCCCUGGAGUCCCCCUGGAACUGCCCUCAUGGUCGUCCGACGCUGCGCCAUCUCAGCACAUUGGCUCAGGAGUGA